CACAAAACUUGUCCAUAGCCAGAGUCAGCAAGAAUGGCACUGAAGGAGUAUCAAGUUGUUGGCCGCAAGGUUCCAACUGAACAGGAACCUGUACCCAAGCUGUUCCGCAUGCGUUUGUUCGCCCCUAAUGAAUCUGUUGCCAAGUCCCGUUACUGGUACUUCUUAAAGAUGAUCAACAAGGUCAAGAAGGCCACUGGUGAAAUUGUUGCCAUUAACCAAAUCCACGAGCCUAAGCCCCUUCAACCCAAGGUUUUCGGUAUCUGGAUCCGUUACGACUCUCGCUCCGGUACUCACAACAUGUACAAGGAGUUCCGCGACACCACCCGUGUCGGCGCUGUCGAGGGUAUGUACCAAGACAUGGCUGCUCGUCACCGUGCUCGUUUCCGCAGCAUCCGUAUCCUCAAGGUUGUCACUGUUGAGAACAAGGAGGAUGUCCGCCGCAGCUACGUUAAGCAACUUCUUGAUCCUAAGUUGAAGUUCCCUCUCCCUCACCGUCGUACUGGUACUCUCGGCUUGGCUGGCAAGAAGGUUUUUGCUCCUCACCGUCCCACCACUUUCUACUAAGGUUUAUGGUCUGUGUCGCUAGUAAAAAAAUUCUUUCUCGAUUCCCUUCUUGUCUAUAGCAAUUGUGGCAUCGUAGAUUCGUAGAUUCAUUAUGGUAGAAAACAAGAUUGUUGUAAUGAAGUUAUGCAAUAGUAGGUCUGUAAAAUUGGAAGAACAAAAAAAAAAACACGUA